UGAUCUGCAGUCAGUUCCACCUGAUUAGGAGUUGUUUGUGGAGGAAUAGAGCGAAUAGAGGGAACAAAUGGUGGUUGGUGGCGCAAGAGCAGACAUGAACGUCACCAGACACUGUCUUAACAACUAGCUGAACACAAGCUUGAAGAGCAGUCAUCACCUGGAACCGGAGAACAAGCAAGAACAUGGAGCUUCAUUGGUGGAAAGCUGGCUUGGUUGUGUUGGCUGUACUUCUGAAUGCUACAGGCUCACUCUCCCAGUCUGCGUGUGGUCAAGCUCCAUUAAACACCAAGAUUGUGGGUGGGAAUACUGCUGUCAGUGGGUCAUGGCCAUGGCAGGUCAGCAUCCAGUCUCUCGGAAGACAUUUCUGCGGUGGAAGCCUGAUCAAUAACAACUGGAUCCUGUCUGCUGCUCACUGUUUUCAAAGUUCCCAGACCAGUACCCUUGCUUUCCUCAGAGUCUCUCUGGGAAAGCAAAGCCUGCAGACACCAGAGUCGAACAGUCUGACCAUUACAGUCGCACAAAUCAUCAAUCACCCCUCUUAUGUCUCCAGCGCUCAUGACAAUGACAUUGCACUUCUACAGCUUUCCUCUUCAGUCACUUUCUCAGACUACAUCCAGCCAGUGUGCUUGGCAGCAGCUGGCAGCACUCUGGGGUCUGGCACUCUUGUCUGGGUCACUGGAUGGGGAGACAUCAGCUCUGAUGUGAGCCUACCAGACCCACAAAACCUCCAGGAGGUAGAGCUGCCAAUCGUCAGUAACACAGCAUGCACAUCAGCCUAUGGAUCUGGCUCCAUCACUAGCAAUAUGAUGUGCGCUGGCCUCUCUCAGGGGGGAAAGGAUUCAUGCCAGGGUGACUCUGGAGGCCCACUGGUCAUCAAGCAGAGCACAGGCUGGACUCAGGCUGGUAUUGUAAGCUUUGGUUACGGCUGUGCUCUGCCUAAAAUUCCCGGCGUGUACGCCAGAGUGUCUGAAUACCAAAACUGGAUCAACUCUCGGAUCGGCAGCAGCCAACCUGGAUACGUUACAGUGACAGCCAGCGGCGGCUCCAGGAUCUUCUCCCAGUCCCUGUCACUUUCCUUGUGUAUCGUCCCCUUCCUACUGUCUCUCUAUAUCUUUUGAUGUCAAGUGAAGUGAAGUGAGACUCGCACAUACACACAUGAAGAAUAUACCAGAAUAAAAUUGAUUUUUUAUGAAUAAGUCUUACUGAAGGACUAAACAUACUAAUAAUGAAGAAUGCUAAUUGUAUCUAUAAUUGUAAUUGUCAUCUGUAUUAUAUCACUUGUGCGGUUCUGUUUUUUUACCUAUUACAUUUUUAAUGGGCAAAUUCAUAUUAAGCUGCAUAAAAUUGUAUACAUUAACAGCACCUGCUGUAUCAGGUUUGAUUGGCAUUUCCAAUAAAUCCAGGUGAUCCAUUACUGAAGGUUCAGCCUCCAGGUGGAUCUGCCAUGAUAACUAUUUUUGUUUGGAUGAUAUAUUGUAUCAGAAAUGAUUGCAAUAAACAAUAUUGUUGUCA